CUCAACUAAAACGACACCGUACAGGAAAUCUUCUUAUUACGUCUAGCCUAGCCCAUUAUAGAAUUUCAACAACUAGGUUAGGAAAUUUCGGUCUGCCUUCUCUCUCUCUCAAAUUUGCACACCCAGCAGAGCUGAGCAACUGCCCGCUUGUUUCUCCCGGUUGGGUCUGUUUAGAAGACGGAGCUGUGCUGGGCGUGGGUAGUUUUUGGUUGGACUAGCAAAGGUUAGACGCUCGAUCGAUGCUAAUAUAGGAAUUUGAAUACUAGCGAAUAUUAAGGUUUUACAAAUUCUAGUCAUUCUUGGGAAUCCAUUUUUUGGAAUUCCGGGCUAAUCAUUCAUUUGAAUUCCCCAAAAUUUGCAUCUCAAACGUGUAUUAAAUGGGAUUCUAGUUCCCAUUUUGUUGCUGUUCUAAACUCAAGGUUUUUGAUUCUUUUGUGAGUUUGAUUACUUUGGUGCAGCUGGGUUUUAGGGUUUGGGUCGAGCUUGUUUUAGAUUGCGUAGUAUUAGUUGGCUCUUUAGCUUUGAUAACUUAUUUUGACUAUGCAUAUGUGAGCCUUUGAAUUUUGAUUUUUUUAUCAUUCUUAAGAGUAAUUUGUUAGAUAGAGUUAUAGUGCUAACUAUGUCUGUGAAUAAUAACAAUAAUAACCCACCCAAGAGCCUUGGGCAAUCUUCAUCACCCUUUGGUAAUUCAGGGAUGGUCAAUCCAUCGAUGCCCAUCAACCAAGCAUUGUCACAGUCACAGUCUCAGGGGCAACUUGGCACUGGCUUUCAGGGUCAGUACCAGCUGACCCAAGCGCAGGCCAAUGCUCAGGCACAUUUUAAAGCACAACAGGCUCACGCACAAGCGCAGGCCCAAGCAGUGCAUGCUCAAUUUCAAGCACAGUUACAGGCUCAGGGAAUGACCCUGAGCCAGGCCCAAACUGCUGCCUUAGCCAACUUAGGUACAUCUUCACCUUCGUUUUCAACUCCUGGUAAUUUUAAUGUCAAGCGGCUACCUCAGAAACCCCCCGUACGACCUCCUGGUGUUCCCAUGGGAAGCCUGGUUUCCCCAUUGAAAACUAUGGAUCUAACCCCUGCCGCUCGUAGGAAGAAGCAGAAGCUUCCGGAGAAGCAGCUACAAGAUAGAGUGGCAGCGAUUCUUCCAGAAUCUGCAUUGUAUACACAGCUUCUUGAGUUUGAGGCUCGUGUUGAUGCUGCUUUGGUUAGAAAGAAGGUUGACAUUCAGGAGGCACUUAAAAACCCUCCUUGUGUUCAAAAAACACUUCGAAUUUAUGUUUUCAACACGUUUGCUAAUCAGACCAGAACAAUUCCUAAGAAGCCAAAUGCCGAGCCUCCAUCAUGGACUCUUAAGAUUGUUGGGAGAAUCUUGGAAGAUGGGAUAGAUCCUGAUCAGCCUGGAGUAGUUCAGAAAUCAAACCCUUUGUACCCAAAGUUCUCAUCUUUUUUCAAGAGAGUGACUAUCAUGUUGGAUCAGAGAUUAUAUCCUGAUAAUCAUAUGAUUGUGUGGGAGCAUUCUCGAACACCUGCUCCUCAUGAGGGUUUUGAAGUGAAGAGAAAGGGGGAUAAAGAGUUCACAGUGACUAUACGGUUGGAAAUGUACUAUGCGCCUGAGAAAUAUAAGCUCUCUCCUGCUUUGAUGGAAGUUCUUGGUAUUGAGGUUGACACCCGUCCAAGGAUAAUAGCUGCAAUCUGGCACUAUGUGAAGGCUAGGAAGUUGCAGAAUCCAGAGGACCCUUCUUUCUUCAAUUGUGAUCCACCUCUUCAGAAAGUAUUCGGGGAAGCUAAGAUGAAAUUUACCAUGGUUUCACAGAAGAUAUCUCAGCAUUUAGCUCCUCCUCAACCAAUAGUUUUGGAGCAUAAGAUAAAGCUUUCAGGGAAUAGCCCAGCUGGAACUGCAUGCUAUGACGUGGUGGUUGAUGUCCCUUUUCCAAUACAGCGAGAGUUGUCUGCUUUGUUGGCAAAUGCAGAGAAGAACAAAGAAAUUGAUACUUGCGAUGAAGCAAUAUGUGCUGCUAUAAGAAAAAUUCAUGAACAUCGUAGGAGGCGGGCAUUCUUCCUUGGGUUUAGUCAAUCGCCUGUGGAAUUUAUUAAUGCAUUGAUUGAAUCUCAAAGUAAGGAUUUGAAGCUUGUAGCUGGGGAAGCCAGUCGAAGUGCUGAGAAAGAGCGACGUGCAGAUUUCUUCAACCAACCAUGGGUAGAAGAUGCUGUAAUUCGUUAUUUAAAUCGGAAGCCAACGGCAGGAAGUGAUGCUCCCGGAAGCACGUGAGUUGGAAGUUAAUUCCCUGCCAAUCUGCCAGUUUGUUUGUCAUCAAUCUUUCACAUAGCAUCUGUAAAUUUUCAGCUUCACUUUUAUGAAGGUGUGGCUAUUUCUGAUCAAUCUAAUUGUUAACAGCCCUGGGAGAAAUACUCCUUGCUUGUAAAACAACAGAACAUAUGGAUUUGUAGCUUGUUUAGGCAUAGUUGUCCUCAUACUUGCUUUACUCAUUAUGCUAGAGGGAAAAAUUGGCCCCCAUAGCUUUCUUUCUGCUUGCUUCACUGAUAUGGUAUGGAGAUUUUGCUGGUUA